UUAAGCUGUCAACAGUUGUCAUGUUUGUUAGAACUGUCAGAAAAAUCAUCUGUGAACUUGUGAUUACUGUCAAAAAAUAGUUGUCUAGUCACAGCUAUAUAGAGUAAAAAAAAAAGUAAAAUAAAUAUCCCAGAACCAUUUAUUAAUUAACAGUGCAUGAUUCCUGAAAUAAAUAAUAUUGUGUAAAAGCCUUUAUAAGUUUAUAAUAAUUGCGAAUACAAGUUUUGUGAUUAACUGUUUCUUGUUUUGGAAUUUUACGCGCAUCGCCUUUUCACAAAGGAGAAUUAAAGUAUUCUAGGAAGCUGUUGAAGAACAGCAAUGGCGUUGAAUACAGACAUGUCCACGGCUCUCCACUUGUUGGAGCACAUGGAGGAGCGUCUCGAGGAUUGUGACGAUCCAAAACUUCAAAUGCACACAAAUCAAGAUAUUCGUUCAUUAAUUGCACUUCUCCAAGAUCCUGUAUUUCGGAGUAUCAUUACCCUGCAAGAUUCCCUCUCUGAAUUGAACACACAACUUGGACAACAUCCAUCAAUUCUUCCUGGUGACUUUGAUAUUCGUCUCAGUGGACAGUUGGAAUUUUCUGUACCGAAUACACCGUUACAACCAGUUGGGCAAAAUAUUUUCCAAGAACUUUAUCAGGAUUCUAACGAAUUUGAUGAUCAACGUGUACCCGUUGCUCCGCUCGUGCACAGUAGCAGUGAAGAUACCAGCGCUCAGGUGACGAGUCCAAGUUUAAUAUCAGAUGUUGGAGGCAUGCCUCACAUUACAACUCCAUCAUACGCCAAGGAAUUUCGUAAAGUAAUUGAAUCUGCAGCGAAGGGCCGUCAAACUUUUACUGUUCAGCUUUUUAAAUCCGAAGGGAUGAGUCUAGGAUUUAGCGUUGUUGGAUUACGAAGCAAAGAUAAAGGAGACAUUGGCAUAUUUUUACAAGAAAUUCAACCAAAUGGAAUUGCUGGAAUCGAUGGUCGUCUUGUGGAAGGAGAUCAAAUUUUAGCGAUAGAUGGACAACCCUUGGAUUCGAAUAUUUCCCAUGAGCAGGCAAUUGCGAUUCUUCAAAAGGCUCGUGGAGUAGUUGAGCUCAUUGUCGCAAGAAGCGCCCAAGAUAUUGGGAGUCCAGCGGCGCCGGAUGAGGUAUCCGGGGCCUCGAUUUCGACCGCAGCUGCAGCCGAGGGAACUGGAUCUGGCGUCUGCAGUGGAUUUACCGACAUCACCACUUCCAAAGAGCAAUCAGCACCACCACCCCUCCCAUCUGCAGUCUCACCGGGUGUAUCAAAACCAAUUGUUCCUAUUACAACUACAGUUACUGUUGCGCCAAUAUCAACAUCCAUUUCAACUAUUGUUCCUGGAGUUCCUGUUGUUGAAACAGCUCCGUCCGCCGUUAGCGAAAUCGCUAAAAGUGGCACUGACAUGGUGUUGAACACCGAGUGGGCACAAGUAGAAGUAAUAAAUCUCAUCAAUGAUGGAAGUGGUCUUGGAUUCGGAAUUAUCGGCGGACGGAGCACUGGAGUUGUCGUCAAGACUAUUCUUCCUGGCGGGGUUGCUGAUCGAGACAAUAGAUUGCAGAGUGGAGAUCAUAUUUUGCAAAUUGGUGAUGUCAAUUUACGGGGAAUGGGUAGCGAGCAAGUUGCCGCAGUUCUCAGACAAUCUGGAACACACGUGAGACUCGUUGUUGCGCGACCAGUCGAACCUACUUCACCCGAUUAUCAGGCCCUCGGCAGUCACGCUCCGAUUGUACCAACGAAAAUUCUCGGUGAUCCCGACGAACUCGAUAGACAUUUGAUUCAUUCAACUCCUGAAACCUACAAUGUUCGGCACACAAAAACGGAUUCCAACUAUGACAAUGGAUACAUGUACACGCAGGAUCCCGACAUUGAAAUUCAUACGAGGCCGAGCCUUAUUAUGGACGUCGUGCGAAAUCCGACGCCCAUUGGUACGGCGCCCUUCAUUCCAACGCUCACAGGUUCGAUUCAAAUCCAAGACCUUCCAGCACUUUCAAUGGAUCCAAUUGACGUCGACUCCUUGCCUGAAAUGGAACGUUUUACCGUUGAGCUGAAAAAAGAUAGUUAUGGUCUCGGUAUAACGAUCGCUGGUUACGUUUGUGAAAAGGAGGAACUCUCGGGUAUUUUUGUAAAAAGUAUAAGCGAAGGAAGUGCGGCUGAUUUAAGUGGAAAAAUUCAAAUAAACGAUCGAAUUGUCGAGGUGAACGGUCAUUCACUGCAGGGUUAUUCGAAUCAUGAGGCAGUUGAAGUUUUAAGAAGUACGGGAUACACUGUUGUUCUUUGUUUAGAAAGGUAUCUCCGAGGUCCAAAAUACGAACAAUUACAGCAAGCAAUUGCCGCCAGUGAACUUCGAUUACCACAACCCAGUUCUCCAUCUAUUACGAGUCUUGCUACUUUUCCAAUUACUGCACAAGAUGGAGAAUCAACGACUGAAAUCGAAGCAGAGGGCGAGUCACAUACAACAAUUGAUAGUGCAAUUCUUCACGAAAUGGAGAAAGAAGCUGAAAAACGUGGCUCUUCACCAGAAACAAAUGUGGAAGCUCUUCUAAGUGAUCCCUCACAAGAUCUAUCGCCUCAAAUUGAAGCUGCAAUUAAAUCCAAAUGGCAAAAAAUAGUUGGUCCCGAUGUGGAAAUAGUGGUGGCGCAAUUAAAAAAAUUUGCCGAAGGAAGCGGUUUAGGAAUAAGCUUAGAGGGAACAGUCGAUGUUGAAAAUGGUCAAGAAGUAAGGCCGCAUCAUUAUAUACGCUCAAUUUUGCCGCAAGGUCCAGUUGGACAAAAUGACACAUUACGAUCUGGAGAUGAAUUGCUGGAGGUCAACGGAUAUCGACUUUUGGGAAUUAAUCACAUGGAGGUCGUGAGUGUUUUGAAGGAAUUACCCGUUCAUGUGAGAAUGGUUUGUGGAAGAAAUAUCAAAUCUCAAGAUCCGCUUUGUCCCAUUGACACAGCUCAACAUCAGGCAGCUUUUCAAACUAGGAGUAUUCUCGGAGGCUCUUUACAAAAUUUACUACCAUCGAUGGAUCGUCUCGUGAAGGCAAAGUCUGAUGGCUCUCUGGCAUCGGCAACGACAACUGCAACCGUCACCGAUGCCAGUUUCAAUAAAAUAAAAUCAAGAUCUCUGGAGCCAUUGACGGGUCUUGCAAUGUGGAGCUCCGAGCCACAAAUAAUAGAGCUUGUUAAGGGAGAGAGAGGCCUUGGAUUUUCUAUUUUAGAUUAUCAGGAUCCAAUGAAUCCCAAUGAAACUGUGAUAGUAAUAAGAUCCUUGGUACCGGGGGGAGUUGCUCAAGUUGACGGUCAGCUAAUACCGGGCGAUCGUUUACUAUUUGUCAACGAUAUCACAUUGGAGAAUGCGACUCUAGACCAAGCCGUACAGGCAUUGAAGGGUGCGCCAAAAGGUGUUGUGAGAAUUGGAGUUGCAAAACCUUUGCCAAUUCCUGACAGUAUUGCCCAAACAAGUGAGCAAGACGAUCGUUUGGAAAAAAAUGGUAAGAGCCCAAGAACAAAUCGACAUCAGGCCGUUGACAGUCAAAAGCAAAGAUGCGAUUAUUUUCGUGAAAGAAAAGUCAAUGUCGCACAAUCGCCGCCUCGUCUCGAUUUAAUUGAGGGACUACAACUUCAGCACAGUCUCGUUAAAUCGGAGAGCUUCUAGAAAAAAAAACAAAGAAUGAAUAAUAUACCUUUUUGGCGGUCAUCCCAACUUUCGGACCUCGAUCCUUCGUCGUGGACCAAAAAUCGAGAGAUUUUCAUCUCGAGUUUUCCUUUUUACACUCCUCACAUUCACACUUCAUUUUCACCUAUAGACACGUUUAUCCUAUGAAUGUGGUUAACGAUUAGUAAUCGUGUUGGUGGCAAUCUACUUCUCGGAAACUCACCUGCUGUGCAAGGAGAAGAUAGAAGAAAAAGGAAUGGGAGACAAGAAUAAAAAAAGAGAGAUGUGCAAUUUUAAUAUGCACGAGUUUUCAUGGAUAAACUCAUUUUUAGCUACAAGUGUACUUUUAAAGAGAUUAAGGUACGAGUUUAGAGCAAUAAAGAGAUUUAGUUAAUGGUAAAA